UGGACUUGCCACUUGGGCUCAGCUUUGCUGUCAGAGGAGCUUUUCUCGAGCUGAGAUGACGGAAAUCAGCGAAAAGGAGAAUGAACCUCAGAAUCUGCACCGACCGCAGGCCACCGUGCCCAGCCAGCAGGAAUCAAAGCUGCAGCGGCUGAAGCGCUCCCUUUCGCUCAAGUCCGUCAUCCGCAGCAAGAGCAUGGACAACUUUUUCCAGCGUAGCAACGGCGAGUCGCGUCCUCCGUCGGCCCUCAUCACCACGCCGCCCGUCCCGCCGUCUCCUCCCCCCUUCUCCGAGUCCCCCCUGGCCUACGAGCGCUCCCCCUCCCUCUCCCCUUCCAUCAGCCCCAACCCCUCGUUGACGUCGCACUCCCCGGCCAUCAGCCCCUGUCUGUCCGUGACCUCCAAGAACCAGCUCAAGUCUCAGGCCCAGCUCAUGCAGCCCGUUAAGACCCACUGCUUCCAGGAGCACGUCUUCCGACGGCCCGCCAGCUGCCAGCGAUGCAAACACAUGAUCCAAGGAAACUCCAAGCAGGGGUUACGUUGUAAAGCGUGUAAGCUGGCAGCCCACCUCUGGUGUUCGUCUGAGCUCUCCCAGCUGCCCUGUUAUGGAAAGAGUGGAGCCUUUAAGAGGAACUUCAGCUCCCCUCUGCUGACCAGCGAUCCUCUGGGUGUGGUUCGAGAGGCUCCUGCUGCCCAGGAGGCGGAUAAUAGCGCCGUUGACCCCGUGUACGAGGCGCUGCGCUACGGGACGUCGCUGGCUCAGAUGAGCCGCUCCAGCUUCGGCAGUAUCUCAGAAUCACCCUGUCACGAGGAAGAAAAACUGCAAGAGAAGCUAGAAAACCAGCCGAUAGCAGAAGAGGAAAACAUCCCUGGAAUGCUCACUCCUCCUGAAAGCGAGAAGGCUGAUUCAGAAGACAGGGUCAGUCUGAAGACGCCCAAACGAGUUGAGGUUCACUCGAUCCACACCUACGUGGCACUCUACAAGUUUCUGCCUCAGGAGAAGAACGACCUGGAACUACAGCCUGGUGACAGAGUUCAAGUUACAGAUGACUCCAACGAGGACUGGUGGAAGGGGAAAAGCAGAGACAAGGUGGGAUAUUUCCCGGCCAACUUCGUGCAGCGGAUCCGUCCCGGUGAGCGGGUGUGGAAGGUCACUACCGGUUUCCACGGCAACCGAGACAAAGGCCAGAUGACUGUGAAAGAGGCCCAGAUCUGUGUGGGGAAGAACGAGGAGGCCGACGGUUUCCUCCGGCUGAGCAGCGGGAAGAAGCGAGGCCUGGUCCCUGUGAAGUACCUGCUGGAAAUAUGACGGCGGCACGCCUCUCCUUCCACCCCGAUGCAGGAGGAAUACUCAGGAGUGUUUAGCCAAGAACCUCACUGACCACCUACCACCCACCUCCACCUCCCCCCGCCCUGCAAAGGUGGCGGCAAAUUAGCGACCCA